AUGCCACCCAGACUCAGCCUUUUCACAGCCAGCAAGGCCGUCUCGGCCCUGCGCCAAUCCACCACACCCGUGUCCUCCCCCGUCCGACUCCGCGCCCUCCAGUCACUACCCAUUCAGCGCCGAUGGAACUCUUCAGGCGAUAGAUCGAAGAAGGUCGAGCCUCAGCCCGAUGAGCAGGCCUAUCCCACUAUCGACCAGCUGCCUCAUGUCAGCGAGGAGGCCCACGAAAUUUCCCGCAUCAUGGACAAGGAAAAGCGGUGCGACGGUAUUCCUUCGACUCCGGAGUUGGAUCAGGGUACGCCGGUUGAGGAGGUCCUCAGCCGCGACGAGGAGGCCAUGAAGCACAUGCCCAAGGUGAUGCGGGAUCAACUUAAGAAGAACGGCGGCUCGCGCUCAUUUUCGACUUCGGCUCGGAGCCGCAUGGCUGAUAUGCAGGGGGUGGAGCCUACCAGCAGUGACUUUAUUCCUGGUGUGUCCGGCACCGGGAGCGCCAGUGAGCCCGCCAGCGAUGAGGCGGCGGCUGCUCUUGCUAGCAUGAUUGAGCAAGUGCAGGGCCAGGCUCUUGAGGAGAACCCUGGUCUCAAGUUCGACCCGCCUGCCGUUCCGGAGGACAUGAAGACUUUGAACUUCCGCAAGCGCUACGAUACCCUGCAGGAUCAGUUUACCAAGAUGAUGAUGGAGAGCGGCAAAUUGACCAAGGCGCAGAAGAAUAUGUCCAUUGUUCUGGAUCACCUCCGCACUUCCUCUCCCCCCCAGAUUAACCCUCGCCGCCGUCUCCUCGGCGCUCCUUUCGCCUCCCAGCUCCCCCUCGAUCCCGUUCUCUACCUCACUCUGGUCGUCGACUCGGUCGCUCCUCUUUUCCGGAUUCGUCAGCAGAAGGGUAUUGCCGGUGGUGGUGCCGCCGUGCAAAUUCCCCAACCGCUCUCUUUGCGCCAGCGCCGCCGCGCCGCUAUCAAGUGGAUCCUUGAUGCAUCGGAGAAGCGACGCGAUGCGCUGUUUGCGCACCGUGUUGCCGCCGAGGUGGUGGCCGUUGCUGAGGGUCGUAGUGGUGUUUGGGAGAAGCGGGACCAGCAGCACAAGAUCGGUAUCUCUGGUCGUGCGAACUUGGGUGCUACCAUUCGUCGGCCGACCACCCUCCGGCCCCCUGCUUUGACCGUGGCUUCCACGCGUCCCGAUUCCAUCGAACUUGUCGAGUACCAUACACCCUCCCGCACAGCUACCGCAAGCGCACCUGGUCCUGCUCGCUCAGACCAAUUUCAGUAUAGCGCUAGCCGGACAGACCCUGCUGCCAACUCGCAGUAUUUUGCGGACCUUGAUUUCAGUCCAGGAGAAAAAGCUGCAUACGAGGAGGGACUAGAGCCCGACCAAUCUCGCCCUCGGGGCUUUAAUCUCGAACUCUGGGCCGAGGCUCUUCGACAACGUGCUCAUAAGGCCUCGCAAGCGGGUGCCGAUACUGAAACUGAGCCCAAGAUGAAGUUCUCGCAUAGCGUUCAGUUUAACGCUGUGCCCGAUUGGAGUUCAAAUUACAUCGCGUACAGCAAUUUGAAGAAAUUGAUCUACACCCUUGAGAAACAUGCCAAUCGCAAUGAAGGUCCCGCAACCACAGAUGUAGAGUCUGCACCAUUGCUGGGUGGUGCUCCAUCGACUAACCCGGAUGCAAUCUUCAAACGCGCGCUUGAUGUCGAGAUGAAUAAGAUCUGUUCCUUCUAUCAACAGAAAGAGGCGGAGAUUUUUGCACUUACUGAGGAGCUUAUAAGGGACGCCGAUGUGUAUCUCUCCGAGACAGAUGGUGUCAACAUGGAUCCUGUCGGCGAGACAAUCGUCAAAGCCUCCCGUCGUGGUAACGGUAAUGUCCCGGGCUCACGUCGGCGGUCCAGCGCUGUCAGCAAUGACUCAAUGGCGGAUGAUGAAGAAGAAGUGGGCGAUAGCGACUAUGAUCGCUCCCCGGGACUCCUUCCACGGCACCAGGGGCAGGUGCGAUCUGUUGAUGGCGAGUCUGGUACGGAUGGCCACCCCGGUGAUUUGGCAGACUCAUCCUACUUCGAGCAGCCGGCCACUCGAGUACCGCACGAGUCCUACCUCAACGACGAGGAUUUCCUUGCCUUAUAUAACACAGGCGUAUCUCUGAAGAAGCGUCUGAUCGAACGCUAUGUCUCGCUCUGCGAGCUUCGGUCUUUCAUCGAGCUGAACAAGACUGGAUUCGCUAAGGCCCUGAAGAAGUAUGACAAGACCUUGGACCGCAACCUGCGCAGGGACUACCUGACCUCUGUUGUCCACCCCGCACCGCCUUUCGUAGACAGCACCAUGGCUGCAGUCGAUAGGCAUAUCGAGAACGUGGAGAGCGUUUACGCGGCCAUCGUUACGAAGGGCAACAAGCAGUUUGCCAGACGCGAGCUGCGUCUUCAUCUGCGCGAACAUGUUGUAUGGGAGCGGAAUACCGUCUGGCGUGAGAUGAUCGAGAUUGAACGUCGUGCUCAGGCUGCCAAUGUCGGCAUUCGCCGGACACUUCUGGGCGGUGACGAGGACCCGGCGACUGCACGGCGCCAGGGUGAUAAGACUGAGAUGCGGACCCAGGAGAUAUCGACGCCCCUUGGUCGGUUCCAGUUCCCGUUGUGGUUCUGCAGCUUGAGCUUUGGAACGCUGGUGUUCAGCAUCGCAGUGUUUGGCGCAAUGCUUUCCCUGAAUAUCAUGGAAACGCCCGAAGAGCAGAACUGCUUGGCCAUGUUGGUCCUUGUUAGUGUAUUGUGGGCCACUGAGGCCAUUCCGCUGUUCGUUACUUCGCUCCUUAUCCCAUUCCUCGUUGUCACUCUAGGCAUCAUGCGGUCAGACGAUGAGAAUCCCACGCGAUUGGGACCCAAGGAAUCGGUCGGCAAGGUGUUCGCGGCAAUGUGGACUCCUGUGAUAAUGCUCCUUCUGGGUGGUUUUACUAUCGCUGCGGCCCUGUCUAAAUACGAUAUUGCCCGGCGCAUGGCCAUGUUCGUGCUCAGCAAAGCCGGAACGAAGCCAUCCGUGGUGCUGUUGACCAACAUGUUCGUGAGCAUGUUCCUGAGCAUGUGGAUUAGUAACGUAGCAUCACCGGUGCUCUGCUACUCGAUCAUCCAGCCAUUGCUGCGCAACAUGCCUCCCGAGUCCGACUUUGCCAAGGCCCUCGUCUUGGGCAUAGCGCUGGCUGCCAACGUGGGCGGCGCAGCAUCUCCAAUCGCCUCACCCCAGAACAUCAUCGCACUGCAGAACAUGCACCCGAACAUCAGCUGGGGCACAUGGUUCUUCAUCUCAUUGCCCGUCUGCAUCACCUGCAUCCUCCUAAUCUGGGUGCUGCUGCUCGUGACCUUCCGCCCGGGCCGGAACACAACUAUAGUCCCCUUCCGCCCGGUCAAGGACCACUGGACCGGCAUCCAGUAUUUCAUCAGCAUCGUGACACUCGUAACUAUCGGCCUCUGGUGCGCAAGCCACCAGCUCGAGCACAUAUUCGGCGACAUGGGCGUCAUCGCCAUUAUCCCUCUCGUCCUCUUCUUCGGCACCGGCAUCCUCAACAAAGAGGACUUCAACAACUUCCUUUGGACAAUCAUCAUCCUUGCCGCCGGCGGCUUGUGUCUCGGCAAAGCCGUCACAUCCUCAGGCCUGCUGCACACCAUCGCCUCAAGCAUCACCGCCCGCGUCGAGAAUCUCAGUCUGUACGGCGUGCUCUUGGUCUUCUCCGCUCUCAUCCUCGUUAUGGCUACUUUCAUCUCGCAUACCGUCGCUGCCCUCAUCAUCCUGCCGCUUGUCCGUCAGAUCGGUGUCAACAUGGAGAAUCCCCAUCCCAACCUGCUCGUCAUGGCUAGUGCUUUGAUGUGCUCUGUUGCAAUGGGUCUGCCCACAAGUGGAUUCCCUAAUAUGACUGCUAUCAUGACUGAAGUCCCACAGACUGGCCAGCGGUACCUCCAAGUCCGUCAUUUCAUCACCCGCGGCGUGCCGUCCAGUCUCGUGGCCUUCGUGGUGGUUGUCACGCUCGGAUAUGGUCUGAUGUAUGUUGCAGGACUAUAG